GGGACCAAAACAGACUCACAUGCAUGAAGUCCAGCAGGCCAGCUUUCUGCUGAAAGCUGCUCUGCUGUCCGUCCUGCUGAGUGGCCUGCAGCACGUGCUGGCAGACUCAGAUGAGGAGGCCCCGACUGAGUGGGAGAUCUGGAAAAGCAGAUAUGGCAUAAGCUAUGAUGAAUCAGAUGACAUGGAAAGGAGAGCCAUCUGGGAGGAGAAUAAGCAGUUGAUUGAAGACAACAACCGAAGGUUUCUCAUGGGGAUGAAGUCAUUCAGUAUGGCUAUGAAUAGAUAUGGAGACCUAACACAACAAGAAUACCGGGUUUUGCAAGGUGCCAAGAUGAAUGCUCAGUUUGUAAAGAGAGGGAAAGAAGUCUCAGCUCGAAGACUGCGUAACAAUGCAAGGCAUUUAGAUGGCUAUGCUGUUGACUACAGAAACAUGGGUUUUGUGACUGAGGUUAAAGAUCAGGGCUUUUGUGGGUCAUGCUGGGCCUUCAGCACUACGGGAGCUAUAGAGGCACAGCUGUACAAAAAGACAGGUCAGCUGAUAUCCUUGAGCGAACAAAACUUAGUGGAUUGUUCUAAAUCCUUUGGUACCUAUGGGUGCAGUGGUGCCUGGAUGGCCAAUGCUUAUGACUAUGUGGUCAGCAACGGGCUGGAGUCUUCAAACACCUACCCAUACACCUCAGUGGACACUCAGCCCUGUUUCUACGACAGCAGGCUUGCAGUUGCUCACAUCAGGGACUACAGGUUCAUUCCCAGGGGAGAUGAGCAAGCUAUGGCUGAUGCUCUGGCAACUAUUGGACCAAUAACAGUUGCUAUUGAUGCAGAUCAUGCAAGCUUCCUGUUCUACAGCUCAGGAAUAUAUGACGAGCCCAACUGCAACCCCAAUAAUCUGAAUCAUGCAGUGCUGCUGGUCGGCUAUGGCUCACAAGAAGGCCAAGACUACUGGAUCAUCAAGAACAGUUGGGGAACUGGCUGGGGUGAAGGCGGCUUUAUGCGAAUCGUCCGGAAUGGCCAAAACACUUGUGGCCUCGCCAGCUACGCCUUGUACCCUAUUCUAUGAUUUAAUAAGAUGUGGCAAUCUCAAGGAUACGCUCUUCCAUUGGACCUCAUCUCCACAAAUCAACAGUCAGUGCUCAUACAGCCCAAAUCACCUUUCUGACAGUUUAGUAAAUGUUUAUGAAAAGUUGAAAACUUUUAAUAAUGAACAUGUCGCUUCUCUCAGGGACAUCUUUGUGAGGUAAAUAAAAAAAUAUAAUAAAAUAACUAAAAUAAAUGUGUGAUUAAUACCAGGGUCACCUUCAGCAACUCAAAAGAUUAGAGCCGCCUUUGAUAUUUUCACUGGCUGAUAGGACUAAAUUGGAAGCAGACCAGUUUAGAUUUGAACUCUUGCUGUUGCAUUAUGUGCAAAAUGUAGUUUGUCAAAGUCUUACCUGAAACAGACAUCCUCUAGAUGGCGAUAUUGCUCCAAAACCUUUAGAUGUUGUCCAAAAUUAGUGGAGCCUUUGCCCUGUCCAGUAAUGCCCCCACCCUCAACAUAUCAUCAUAUACUGGAUUUUGUUUUGUUUUUGUUGCCCUCCUUUUUGUGUGACCUUCAUUCAUAGACUUUGUGUUAAACAUAGAUGUAGUUUCUUAGUCUGAAAAGUGAAUUCAGAGUGAAAGUAACUAAAAUCUCCAUUCUUUCUAACAGCCAGAAGGGGGCGACUCUUCUGGUUUAAAAAAGAACUCAAAAUUGUACAGAAGUCAGUAGGAAAAUGGUCCUCGGCUCCUGUGUUCUGUAACCUCAAUAAACACUUUCCUCAUGGAUUAAAGGGCUACCUUAUACACACUAACAUAUAGAUUUUGUAGAUUAGACCAUAUAAAGCAAAUCAGGGUACCCUGUGUAAGCAAUAUUAGUCACAGUUGAUUUGUAACUUUCAUUGCCAGACUGCAACUUUUUGUUAUUUUUGUUAGGUUGAAAUGAGAAAAAAUUGAAAAUCUAAAAAGAAAAAACUGAGCCUGGCCUCAACAAGAAUCUGUGAGCAAACAGAACAAAUGUAAUGGUUAUUUUAAAAGUGAGUGCAAAUAAAGCUUUUACAUCUGUGGUUUUUUUUGUUUCUGUUUGAUAUUUUUGGUACUCCUGUUUGCUUUAAUAAA